ACACGACUGGCAAAUAAAUCGAAAAUUUAAACACGUUACACCAACUUAUCGUGUGUCUCGUAAAUAAUAGUCAACAACGAGAAACUUUUAUUCACUCUCCGUCGCCUGAACACUAAAGACAUGAACAACUUGGGCAUUAUAGCGUUUGCGGUUUUCUUGCUGCUAGUGCCAGGAAGCCAUCAAGAUGAACUACCGCCAGGCGUUAAGAGAUUGGCCUACAAUCCCACAUAUGAAUUUUGGUUCUUUUUACCCGAGGGUAGACCAGAUUCUGUUAGCGAGAAAGUUCAAGCAGCCUACUGGGAUGCUCGGACAAAAGGUGGAGUAUGCUACGCCACCAAUUGGUUCUAUUGUCGAUCCGGUCAGUUCAUAGAAUGACCAUCAAACAUUGUACUUUUGGAUUUAUAAUAAAAUUGUAUGCAGUAUUAACCCGAA